UGGGGGUGGGGGGGAAUGUGGGCGGCGUGCACCGUGAAGGUUCGCGAUUGCUGGGCUUCCACCUCUGUUACUUUGAAACGGUGCCUGAAAUUGGGGAUGACCAUGGCAAAGAGCAAGUUCGAGUACGUGCGGGAAUUCGAGACGGACGACACCUGCCUGCCCCACUGCUGGGUAGUGGUGCGGCUGGAUGGCAGGAAUUUCCAUCGGUUUUCUGAGAAGCACAACUUCGCCAAACCUAAUGACAGCCGUGCCCUCCACCUAAUGACCAAAUGUGCCCAGACGGUAAUGGAAGAACUGGAGGACAUUGUGAUUGCGUAUGGACAGAGUGACGAGUACAGCUUUGUGUUCAAGCGGAAAAGCAAUUGGUUUAAGAGAAGAGCCAGUAAGUUUAUGACUCACGUGGCCUCCCAGUUCGCCUCCAGCUUCGUGUUUUAUUGGCCGGAUUACUUUCAGGACCAGCCCCUUCUGUAUCCCCCGGGCUUUGAUGGAAGAGUUGUGCUGUAUCCUAACAACCAGACCUUGAAGGACUAUCUCAGCUGGCGGCAGGCGGAUUGUCACAUCAAUAAUCUCUAUAAUACAGUUUUCUGGGCACUCGUACAGCAGUCUGGACUAACACCAGUACAAGCCCAAGAGAGAUUACAGGGAACUCUUGCAGCAGACAAGAAUGAAAUUUUGUUUUCUGAAUUCAACAUCAACUACAAUAACGAGCCGCCGGUGUGUAGGAAGGGGACUGUGUUGAUAUGGCAAAAGGUGGGAGAAGUUACGACCAAAGAAGUUAAGCUGCCCGCAGAAAUGGAGGGGAAAAAGGUGGCAGUGACGCGGACCAGGACUAAGCCAGUGCCCUUGCACUGUGAUAUCAUCGGGGAUGCCUUCUGGAAGGAGCACCCAAAGAUCCUGGAUGAAGACAGCUGACCCUGCGCUUUCCUGUUCUGCUGUGCUUAACCACGGAAGGCCCCCCAAGUCUUCUGGCCUUAGGUGGCCCUAGUAUCCCUGCUGCCCAGAACAGUGUCCCAGGCGUGACAUGGCUGUGGCUGGGAGGGGAGCAGGGAAGGAAUGCGUGGAUGGGGUGAGGGAUCUUGUUCUUUAAGUGGAACGCCUUUUUUGCAGUGUUAAAACAUGGUUCCUUUGGUAGAAGUGCAUUUUUUAAAAAAAUCGUGGUACUAUUUUUAUAAAGUGAACUAUUUUAUGCCUUGCCAAAUGAAUCAUUUUUAGAUUAUGGCACAAGACUUACAAAAACCUGCCAAGCUCUUUCCACCUAUGAUACAAGAUGAGGCCAAAAUUUACUCUGGCACACUUGUUCUUAACUAGAGAAUCCAGCGACCUUACAUCUCACCUUUCCCACCCUUCUACUUGGCAUUCAUCUUUGGGAGAUGAAUGUAGGCCACUGCCUGCAGGCUGUCUCUGAACUCAGGAAUUCCAGGGAAAACUCGGCUCGGUGUCAGUCUCCAAGUUGGCAACCUUGGCUGUACAAAUGUGUAGUUUGGAUGUCCUUAGACAGUCUAUAGAUUGAUUUUGUGGAGUUAAUCAGCAUGACCAUCAUCUUGCCAGGGGCAUUGUUUGCAAGGCCACUUAUGUCUUUCUAAGAAGAGUCAUAUGUAUAUUUGAGAAGAAAAUGUGUGAGAAUGAGUGAACUAGCAGGGAGAAACAUUCACUCCAUGUCCUUUAGAUACUUGUUUUUAAAGUCACCUUGUCACCUGUUGGACUUCCUGAAAAAGAUUCUGAGGUCACUUUCGUAUAAUCAGAAGUGACAUUUGAAUUGGAGAGCAGAGGGGUCAACACGCCCCUCGGGGUUACCCAGCGCAGGUGUCAGCAGAGUCCCAACAUCUCCACCUGGUGCUGGCCGGUGGAGGUGGGAUGGGUGAGGUGCCCAGGAAGCUGCAGCAGUAAUUUCAUGCUGCCCAGCUCUUGGCCUCUGAACGGGGGAGACAGUGGGGACAGGUGGUGGGAGAACUCACAUUGCCUCUUGUCCUUGUUUCAUAUUUUAGAGGAAAGAAGUUAUUUGGCUCUAUUGAGAACUAAUUAAGACACAGCCCGUGUCCCAGUGCCUGGUCUUGCAGAAUUUAUAGCCAAGAAGAACAUGUAUUUUUGAAAGAGCAACGGCUGGUCUCACGCCUCUCCAAUUGAUGCCCCAUCUGUCCACGCCGUGUUUUCCUUUCCUGUUCUUACUCCACAGGAACAGGAGAUGUAGCUCAUGUUUAGCAAUUGAUAAAAUCCCUUUGAGAAGGAAAAUAAAGGUUUCAGC